UGGCUGCCAUACAGGUGAUGGAUCUCCAUGUACAGGACCCUGAGGGUCCAGCCAGCGCUGCCCCCCAGGUCUCCGACAGCUCACUCUGCCCCGACACCUGCUUGUCACCUCCAGUCCACGGCCACAGCUCUUCAAGACACUUCGGGGGACAUAGGCAGGACGGAAGAAUAGUUUGGCCCCUCUUGAGACCGCUGUCUUCUCCAAACACUCACCAACUCGACCGCAAGCCUGCGGGGCUUUUGCGGCUGCCACCACUCCAGGGGAGGCGGUACGCCUAACACAGGCACCUUUUGGCCGCGGCACGGUGCAGCACACCCUCUACACACCAACCCCGCCUUCCCUCCUCGGAUAUUCCAGGCAUUCGAGAGGAUCAAACCGCCGAGGCGCGGGGGCGGGGCGCCGCCAAGAUGGCUGCGGUGGCGAUGGCGGUUGCCGCGGCGGCCGCCGGGCAGCAUGAGAAUGGCAUACAGAAUGACAGCUGUUCCAGUACUGCAGGUGCUGGUCAACAAUUUCAGAACUGGAAGACAAAAACUGAACAAGCUAAGAAAGUUGAAACCCUAAGAAUUGCAGAAAAGCUAAAAAUUCAGCUUGCAAAUACAGAAAAAGACAGAAAUGUAUAUCUUUACAAUAGAAAGCGUGAUUUCAGGGUAGAAUACAGCAUGCUAGAGGAACUGGAACGUAGCAUGACUGUCAGCAGGAAAACUGAAAAAGCUAAAAUCCUGCAACAGCUAUCAAAAAUACAAACUACUGUGAAGAGACUUCAGCGACAACUAAAAGAUGUGAAGCCUACACCAGAGUUUGUUGGCAAGCUCAAGGAAAUGAUGGAAGAAGUUGAAAAUGCAAUCAAUGCUUUCAAAGAGGAACAGAGGCAAAUAUAUGAACAGCUUUUGAAGGACGAAAAAACUGCCAUUAGUGAGCUCAGUGUCUUUGAGAGAAAAGUGCAACUGUGGGCGUUAGGCAGCUCAACAAGGGAAAAAGUCUCAAAAUUACCAUCAGCCAGGGUCCCAGUUAAUAGACCACUCAAAAAUAAUCUACCUGAAGAAGUAGUAGAGUUUGAAAGAUUUCUUCAGGGAACAGGAGGGCGGCAGGGAGGCUGGGAUGAUUUUGAUCACCAAAAUUUUCUGAAAGUAUGGACAAAACACAAAGGAAGGCAGUCGUACAUGGAAGAAGCCCUUGAGUAUCUCUGUGGAAGAACAAAAGAAAAUAUUGAACAGCAUGGCAAAUGGUAUCAAGAAUUUCUAAUUUUACAUGAAAGAAAGAAAGAGUCAAUCAAGAAAUGGAAAGAAAAGCAGCAGCAAGAAAAAGAGGGCAAGUUGAAGGACAAAGAGAAAUCAGAAAAAAUGCUUAAGGAAGAGUGGCUACAGCGUGAAGAAGCUCAGAAGCAGAAAGCAGAAGAAAGAAAAAGGCAGCACGCAGCAAUUGAAGCGUGGAAAAAACAGAAAACAUUAGCACUUGAAAUGGAAAAAGCAUCACAUCUGAAACAAGAAGAGGAGAAGAAGAAGAAGCAACAAAAAGAGCUCCAGCGCCAACGCCAGAUGAAGCUGCUGUUGGAAAGGUAUAGCUUGGAGAAGAAAGAAAAGGAGGAACUCGAGAAGCUUGAAAAGGAGAAGAGAGAGGCAGCUGAAAAGGAAGAAAGGAAGAGAAGCAUUGCAGAAGCAAUUACCAAGUUUCAAAAGCGUGAUGUACAUAAACUGGAGCAAAGGAUUCUACAAAAACAUGCUAAAGAAGCAGAGAAACAAGAAAAAGAAAAAAGAUUGGCAAAGUUAAGAGAGAAGGUGGAGAUCUGUGUCCCCAGAGACCCCUCCAGGUUGUACAGACCCACCAAGGGCUGGGAGAAACGCAUAAAGGAGGCGGAACCAGCAGCUUCAGAGCCGCUUUUCCAUAUUCCUCAUAGAGCCAUCCCUGCCUGGAGACAAGGGUUAUAGCUGUGCCCCUGCCUUCCCCCGUUGCGGGAUGAAGACGCCCAUACCUAACCCGUGGAGUGGCCAGCGCACCUGGGGAGUCCUCACAAAGUUUUCUCUCACAAUGUAUUGUAUAACCUUUGUGUUCUGUGAGUGACGAAUUGGAAGCGUCAUUAAUCACACAGGCAGCGUCUGCGUGACAUCACUCCUUUCC